UGGAUAUUUUGACAUAUGUGGUCUGGAAGUUGAGUGGAUUUCCGCCAAGUCGUAUAAUAGGAACUGGUUGUAAUCUAGACUCUGCCCGUUUCCGUUAUCUAAUUGGAGAGAAGUUGGGUGUCCAUCCCACAAGCUGCCAUGGUUGGAUUAUUGGAGAACAUGGUGAUUCUAGUGUGCCCUUAUGGAGUGGGGUGAAUGUUGCUGGUGUUCCUCUGAAGACUCUAAACCCUCAAUUAGGAACAGAUUCGGACAAAGACCAGUGGAAAAAUAUUCAUAAACAAGUUGUUAACAGUGCCUAUGAAAUCAUCAAGCGGAAGGGGUAUACCUCUUGGGCUAUUGGAUUAUCUGUGACAGAUCUGGCAGAAUCAAUAUUGAAAAAUCUUAGGAGAGUGCAUCCAGUUUCCACUAUGAUUAAGGAUUUAUAUGGAAUAAAGGAAGAAAUAUUUCUCAGUGUCCCUUGUAUCUUGGGGCGAAAUGGUGUCUCAGAUAUUGUGAAAAUUAAGCUGAAUUCUGAGGAGGAGAAUCUUUUUAAGAAGAGUGCAACCACUAUUUGGAAUGUCCAAAAAGACCUGAUAAUUUAAAGCUUUUUAAUGUCCCACUGUUUUAAAAUGAGAUAGCAGACUGUGUAUUUUACACAUUGAAAGUAUUGCAUAUAAUCUGUCAAAAAUAAAAGACAAACACUGGAACCUAUGACAUAACUCCAGUCUCUGAAAGCUAGAAAAGUGAAAUGGCAAGAGAUUUCCCUUCUUUAUGAGUCCUCUACUAGCUCUAUUGCAAUGAACCCAGCCUGUACUUAUGUAAGGUAUACUUUUGAGUGUAUCAUAUAUGUAAGAGUUGCCUUCAGGCUUGGCAGAAUAUGUCUAAUAAUUCAUUAUAAUAUAGAGCUUAUGGUUAUUUUCACAAAAUAAGUACUUUUUAGGAUAUUGAAUUUUCAUCUUGUGUUUUUUCCAUUAGGGCACCAACAUUCAGUUUAUA